AUGAAUGAAUCUGUGAUGUCAACAAUGUCGAAUAUAAAAGAUCGUUGCCGAUUAUGUUAUAUAUUAUUAAAAGAUACAUUUCAUUAUAAAUCAUGUAUACAUCAUUUCUACAAUAUUUAUACAUUACGUGAUCUUAUACCAACGACAUCACCAUUACAAUCUACUUCUUCAUCAUGCGAUUCAAUUCAUCGUCACUAUACUUCAUCAAAUCCAUCAUUGUGUAAAAUUCGUUAUCGUGAUUUAAUUGUACAAUAUUUAUGUAUUCAAUUGCCUGAUGAUAUUGAAAAUGAUCAAUAUUCACAUAUUAUUUGUUAUUCAUGUUCGGAUUUAUUAAAUAAACUCUAUUUAACAUACCAAACAUUUUCAAGUACACAAAAAUUAUUACGAUGUAAAUAUCGAAAAACAUUACAAAUUGUUAAUCAACAAUUACAUUAUUAUGAACAAAAAGUAUCAACAAAAAAAUUAUUAUCAAUAACAACAUCUACUGCCAGUAGAAAACGUUCCUAUUCAACAUCCGAAUUAAUCGUGAAAUCAAAACAAAAUGAACAACGUUCACGUACACAAUCGGUAUCAUUAGCAAAAAGAAAUAAUUUUGAAUUAAAAAUUUUGUCUUGUAAAGAAAAUUUAGAUUCAUCAUCGAGAGAAUCAGUUAUUCCAAAUGACUCAGUCAUCACAACAGUAACAACUGAAGCUGUUACAGUGUCGACUGCUACACGUUCAAAACGAAAAGGUGAACCGAAACAUAUUCAGUUAAAUAAUAAUGCUAAUAAUGGAACAAAAAGUGUUCAAUUAAUUGUUAAAAUGCCAUCCACACCAUUAAAAGCGACACAAACGAGAAUGACGACAAGAAAUUCCUUAUUCCAACAAGCAACAUUAACAUCCUCGAUGAUAAAACAUCGUACAAGUCCAAGAAAAAAAAAUCAUUCAAAUAGUGGUGAUAAUGACGAUAGUGCAAGUAAACAUAAGAAGAAGAAAUUUAAAAAAGAUUCAAAAAAAAAUUUCAUUGUUGAACCAUUGGAAAUAAAAAAUGUUAUUACACAAGCAAAUGAGUUAAAUACGUUAACAAUAAAAACAAAUGGUGAAGAUAGCAAAUCACAUAUAAAUAAUUAUUCUUGUAUCAAUUUGUUGAAAGAAACAAUGAAAACAAAUGUAUUAUCUAAUGAACACAAUGAUAUUCAAAAACCAAUAACAAAUAUGGCUCAUUAUUAUGAUCGAUCAAUAACGAUACCAACAGCUCAAUCACCUUCGAAUUUAUCUAUUUUAACAAAUGCAAAUACAUCGAUCUCAUCUUCCUCGUCAUCUAGUCGUUUGUUGAAUUCAUUCAUUGAUCGUGCAACUAAAGGCAAUCAAAUUGAAAGAAUAGUUGCAUCAUUACUUCCGAAUACAAGUACAUUUGAUAGUGAAUCAAACACGAUAAACGAUGGUCAGAAUAACAAGGGAGAUAAUGAUACAUUAUUGUCUAAUAAUCAAACUUCGUCAAUUGGUAUAGCAGAUAACGCAUUAUCAAUGUCGCCUACGACAUCGUCAAAUAAUCCAUUGUCAAAUCCUACGAGAACACGAGGUCGUCGUAAAUGCGAUAAAAUUCCAAUUUUGACAGUGAAUACUUCCAGUUCAAAAAAGAGUCCAUCAAUAAGUGUUUCAACAGUACCAAAUAAUCAUUUAUCGCCAUCAUCAUCAUUAUUAUUAUCAUCGCCUUCAUCAGUUCCUGUAAGUCCAAGAGAUACACCACCUCCAGUUCUCACAUCUAUAUCACCAUCAGUUGUUUCAUCCACAUUGAAAACGACAAGGAAAUCUCCAUCUCCAGUGUUACUGAAUGAUGAUCAAGAUGAUUCAUCUGUAUCGUCGACGGCCAGUACAAGCAGCAGCUGUAGUAAUACAAGUGUUUCAACAAAAAAAAACAUAUCACGAAAAACAUCAACAAAUAAACAACAAAAUUUAACAUCAAGUAUUUUAACAACACCAACAUCGAAUGGUCUAACAAUAACAGCAAUUAAUCAGACAGGACAAAAACAAAUAUUUAUGGCUAAACAAUUAGGAAAUUUGAAGAAAUAUCAAUGUGGUCUAUGUGAAAAAGUUGUUACAAAUAUUCAAAUACAUGUUCGACGUCACACAAAUGAUAAACCUUAUCCAUGUACAUAUUGUGAAAAAAGAUUCACAAAUUCGGGUGAUUUACAAAUUCAUACAAGAAUACAUACGGGAGAAAAACCUUAUAAUUGCCCUCUAUGUUUGAAAAGUUAUCGGACAAUUGGAAAUUUUAAUAGUCACGUUAAAACACAUGAUAGUGGUGUACGUCCACAUCGUUGCGAUUUAUGUAAUUCAACAUUUAAUAUACCCAAAGAUUGGUAUUCACAUCUACGUUCAAGUCAUCGUUCAUUAAUACCGUCAAAUUCAUCAAUAUCAUCCAUUUCAACAACAACAACAACGGUAACAACAACAAAUGCUCGAAAUUUAAUAAAAAAUUCGUCAUCAAACACUGCUGCUAUAACAACAACAGUAACUCAACCAUUAUUUUCUAAAUCAUCAUUGGUUCAACAACAAACUGAAAUAUUUGUACCAAAUAAAGUAAAAUUAGAACCAAUUGAUAAAUGUGACGAUGAAUUGGACAUUAUGAGUGACAAAGAUGAGGAACAAGAAGAAAUGGAUGAUGAAGAAACGGAUGAUUUAGAAGAUGAAAAUCAACGAGAUGAUGAAGAACCAUUAAAUUUUUCAAUAAAAACUGAUCAUAAUGAUAUUUUAUUAACAUGUAACAGUAAUACCAAUAAUCGUCAAAAAGGAACAAAACGUACAUUAUCAAAAUUAGAACCAAAUAAAAAACUAAGGAAACCAUCGUCACAUUAUGAUGUCAUUGAUGAUCAAUCAACAAAAAAUUUAUUAACAGCACCAUUAGUUCAUUCCUAG